ACCAUAAUAGGCGGUUUGAAAGGACGGAACAAAGCAUCUUCCCUCUUCCGCUAAAAUAAUUAUUUACUUGGGAUUUAUUGCUUUUGUAUUUAUUGAAAAGAAAUUUACCACCAAGGAGGAAUUUUGUUGAAGGAAUUAGGGACAUUUACCGAAAGACGCAUUUUCAGAAACAAUGGAAUUGACGGACAUGAAAAAACAAUGGAUGGAUGGAUGGACUUCCUUUUGUCUGGCGCUGAUCGUUUUGAAAUUUGAAGGAAUUUCAGCUCAACUCCGAUAUUCUGUCCAGGAGGAAUUAAAAUCUGGGACGCCAGUAGGAAACGUAGCCAAAGAUCUUGGUUUAGAUCUAGGAAAACUGGCGGACAGAAACCUGCGAGUCGUAUCAGCAGCAAAGCAGGAUCUAUUUAAGGUAAACCCGAGGGAUGGCGUUUUAUUAAUAAACCACAGAGUCGACAGAGAAGAGCUUUGUGCAAAAACCAUCCCAUGUGUAACAAACCUUAAAGCUGUUGUCGAAAAUCCUCUUGAAAUGCACCAGAUCAUGGUUGAGAUUCUCGAUGUAAAUGACAACUCACCCAAAUUUCCAGAGGAAAACUACACACUGGAAGUGUUGGAGUCCGCUAUCGUUGGUUCUCGAUUUCAGGUGGAAGGAGCACACGACUUGGAUGUCGRGUUGAACUCCAUAAAUUCAUAUAAGCUGAACCAUAAUCAGUAUUUUCGGCUGGAUACAGACGCCUUCGGGGAGGAAGGAAARGUUCCUUUCUUAGUACUUCAACGCUCUUUGGACAGAGAACAUACUYCUCAACACUGGCUGCUAUUAACAGCGACAGAUGGAGGUAAACCAGCAAAAUCAGGAACUGUGAAUAUCACUGUCAUAUUAUCGGAUAUUAAUGACAACACGCCCGUUUGUGAUAAACAAAAAUACACCGCAACAAUAAAAGAAAACGCCCCGGUCGGGACGUUCCUCUUAACCGUAAGUGCAUCUGACUCAGAUGAAGGUGUGAACGGUGAGGUUGAAUAUUCUCUGAGGAGUAAACAUCGUGGACCAUCGUCUGAGCAGUUUGACUUGAACAGCAAAACUGGAAAAUUAACAGUGAAAGGACAACUGGAUUACGAAGAAAAACAAAUGUACGAGCUCAAAGUUCUGGCAUCAGAUAGAGGUUCUGUUUCUCUCUCCACGCAAUGUAACGUGGUUAUAAGAGUGGAAGACGUAAACGAUAACCAGCCCGAAAUAGACAUCACGUCCCUUACCAGUCGUAUUCCAGARGACGCAGCACCAGGAACCGUGGUGGCGUUGAUGGACGUGACAGAUCGUGACUCAGGUGUGAACGGACAGGUGGUGUGCAGCUUGUCAGAUUCCUUACCGUUUGAUCUAAAGCCAUCACCUGAUGGGCAGUCGUACUCUUUAAUUACAAAGGACUAUUUAGAUAAGGAGAUUAGU